UGAGUGCUUGCUAACCGGGAGCAGGUACCUGUGAGCCCAGAGCCGCCGCUGCUGUCUGUCGCUUCACCUGUCUGCGGCGGAGCUGCAGAGGUGUGUUGAUGACAGAUCUGCCGACGGAUCCGAGCCACUGCGCGCUAACAGCUCUGCGGCGGACGAGGCGUCGCUACCCCGCAGCUCGGAGUUUGGUCAGGCCGAAGCCUAGUGUUCGGCUGGUUUGAACAUGGCUCUGUCAUUCCUUCUGGUCUUGGCUGCUACUGUGAUUCUCAUCAGACCUGAGACACCCGUAACGAAGGCCCUACAUCAGAACUCCCUCGAGUGUUGCGGCGAGAAACAGAGAGCCAACAGUUCCUGCUCCAAUGACACUCACUGUGAACCAGGCUGCUUCCUGCGUGUCCUUGAAAACAGCAACACUGUGUGCAUAUUCUGUGACUCGGCAGCUGUGGAUCUGGAGAACAUAACCGUCUGUACCUACAAUUACACAGUGGAGCGUAAAAAUCACACAACAGUCACGACUGUCAUUCCUAAAAUCGGGGGUCCAGGUGUGGCGGCCUCUCUUCUCCUGGGAACGCUGUUGAUCAGCCUGUUCCUGAUCCUCUCUGUCGCCUCCUUUUUCUACCUCAAACGCUCCAACCGGCUCCCGAGCAUCUUCUACCGGCGCAACAAGGCCUUCAUAUUCCAACCAAGUGAAACGGCCGUCAUGAUCCCCUCGUCGUCAGUGAGGAAGCCAAGAUAUGUGAGGAGGGAGCGGCCCUCUGCAGCAGCGUCGACGCUCAACAGUGCCACCAUAACCACAACAUCCACGACUCAAGACUACAACGUGUAGGAGGAGGGGUGGGAGGUCUGGUGCAGGUAGGAGAGAGAGCUCAGGAACGGUGUGAGAGUUUCUAAUCAUGUGAAGAAAGAAAGACCAGCUGACUCUGAUGAGGGUGGCCAAAUGUAACUGUUGCUGCUGCUUCUGCUGCGUUCGUGUCACUGGAGCUGCUACGUUUUCUCUGUUUAAAAAGAUGUUGGAACAAGUGUCCGAAUCUGUCAGUCCUCUGAAUUGUCUCAGUUUUUUCUUUCAAAAGAAGCAUCUGAGUAUCCUGCACUUGGAACAGUUUGGCAGAAUUAGACAGUCAGUAUGAGAAGUGGCGUAGCUUAGCGCCGGGCAAAGACAGGAAAUGAGGGAACAGCUGGCCCGCGUCCGUCCAGAGGUAAAAACCAGCCUCUUAAGCAGAUCUUGUAACCUCUGAACUGACCCCGGCUGACUGUUUCUAGCCUGUGCUGAGCUAAAGUAACUCGUAUUGAUUGUUUUUCUUCUAAUUCUCUGCAAGUGUGUUUCCCAAAAUAUCAAAUUAUUCCAAAACCAACCAGCGGCCGUGUGGACAAAGCGACAGCCCAGUGACACUCGACGGACGUUUGAUCUGCUGGUGACGAUGUUUUACGUGUGUGCUAUUUAUUUGACUUUUUACUGCAUAGAUUCGGGCCAAAAGAAUAAAUGAUGUGUGUGUUCCUCUGGUGGACGCUGUAGGAAGAGGCACUGGAUGAUGAUUGUUUAUUUGUGUUUUUUGUUGUUGUAUUAUUUGUGUGACCAACCAAGGUGAAUGUAUUUCAACAAACCGUGUAUCGCAGCCGCAUUUAUUGCAUCCACACCCAUGAGACAUUCUCAACACAAUCUUUUUUUUUUUUUAAAUCCUGUGAUCCUGCUGAGGCCGAUUAUGUUUAAAUCCUUUUUCCUCUCCAAAUUACCUUGUGCACUUUAUUUAUCCGAGGUCUCCGGCUCACGUUGGACCUCAGUUUUUCAAAAGAAACGCUCCAAAUAUCUCGUUGCCAUCGAGUGUGAGUGAGGGUUUUUUGUUGUUGUUGUUGUUGUUGUUGUCGUGUAGAUGGCAACAGUGGAGUUGCAUUAUGAACUUUACUUGACUACUAUUACCUUUUGCCAAAUGUCUGAAGAAAAUGGCUUUUGCCGUACGCCAUUACUGUGAUUACUUACUGUGCCAUUAUGAGCUUUAAAUGCAGCCAGGAAGCUUUUAAUCAUGACAUAUCUGUGAUGAAUAAUUGGGUAUUUGACUUAUAUCCAGUGGCCUUUACUGUAUCUACAAUCCUAUCCAAGCUAUAUUUGCUCCACGGUAUUUUAUUCCACAUCUUGAUAAGAACAAAAAGUCAUUUUACAUCUUCAGCGUAUGUGGAGCAAUCUGAAGCGACCCAGAUAAAAGGCAGCAAUCAUUCCAUGACUAUCCCCCCUCUCCCUGCUUCGUGUGUUUACUGUUGUACAGACAACCAUAAGCUGACUACAUGUACAUAUUGUUUUAUACGAAUGACGUAUUGUUUUUGUAAUGAUGUACAUAUCCCAGUUUCAGUGCCAUGAAGAAAGUUGAGAAGCCGUACGUAUCGUUUGCAGAAAUAAAGCACCUUUCCAUAA